CUUAGCCAUAACCCUUUCCCAUUUUACGUUUUGUUAGGUUCUCUUCGAGACUUUCUUCGCCAACGUCAGUCUCAAUUCUGUAAUCGACCCGUCGUCCUGGCGGACAUUUGUGCGCAAGUGGGCAACGGGAUGGCCUACUUGGAGAGGGAGCAAUUUGUCCAUCGUGAUUUGGCUGCUCGAAAUUGUCUGGUCAAAUCGGUAUCGCGUAACUCUGUUGUGGUCAAGGUGGCCGACUUUGGUAUGGCUCGAUUCCUUCUGGACAAUGUCUAUGAACCGAGCGCUGGCACAAAAUUCCCUGUCCGCUGGGCUGCUCCCGAGGUUUUCCAAUCUGUUUACACGGACAAAGCUGAUGUGUGGAGCUUCGGUGUUUUGAUGUGGGAAGUAUUUACUUGUUGUAUGGAGAAUCCAUAUCAUGGAAUGAACAAUUCACAGGUCUAUCAAUUCAUUGUUGGAGGUGGACGCCUUCACAAACCCGCUGUGUGCCCGGAUCGAAUCUAUGUGCUCAUGCUUGAAUGCUGGCAACACGAUCGAAAUAAGAGACCGGCAUUCGAGUAUAUCUGCCAGAAAAUCGGUGAUUAUUUGGAUCAAAAUUGUGAGAACUGA